AUGUCCAUGAACAUCUUUCGUCUCAGUGGUGAUAUGUGCCACGUCGUCAGUCUCCUUCUUCUCAUAUGGAAGUUAAAGACUUCCAAAAACUGCCUGGGAAUCUCCGCCAGGAUGCAGGAGCUGUAUCUUAUUGUGUUCGUAUGCAGGUACAUGGACUUGUUUCUUUACUUCAUAAGUUUGUACAACACCAUCAUGAAGGUUCUCUUUCUCGUUAUAACCGCCUUUUCCAUUUAUCUAAUUAGAUUUAAGCCCCCUAUUAGUCAAACAUAUAACAGGAAGAUUGAUAAGUUUUCCUACGAAAAGUAUUUGCUCGGCCCAGUCCUAGCUUUGACUCUUUUGACUACUAAGAGUUAUAAAUUUUUUGACAUAACUUGGACAUAUUCCAUAUGGCUCGAGAGUGUCGCCAUUCUCCCUCAGCUCACUAUGCUCUAUCAACAACGUGAGGUUGAGAACAUCACUUCCCACUACGUCGCGACCAUGGGACUGUACAGGGCAUUUUACCUCAUAAACUGGGUUUAUCGCUACUUCUUCGAGACCCCUUCCUUCGUGUGCAUUGUUUGCUGGGUCGCUGGCUUCAUUCAGACUGCCCUCUAUGUCGACUUCUUUUACUAUUUCGCUAAGUCGAAAUGGUAUGGAAAGAAAUUAGUACUGCCAUUCACAGGCGACGUAUAG